AUGAAGGAUGACGAUGGUCUGAACAACAUCCUGAUGCUCCGUGCUGCAUUGGGCUGGACCACAACCAUGCACGAAUGUAAGAGAAAGAUACCGUUGACUGGAGUUAGCACUUUUAAGAAAUACCUGCCUGAGACAAUUCUAAUUCCAAAAGAAGACCCAGGAGUAUUUUACUACUGCCUCUUAAAAUCGAGAAGUAACCCAAAAGCUCGUUACAAUCCAUAUGACCUACAGGUGGUUCCUCUCACCACAGCCACAAAUUGUCAAGAGUAUUGGACAAUCAGUGCUUCCUAUGUCUCCAAGGUGACUUUUUUUCCAGACAAAGAAGAAAUAGACAGCAUUCCUGCAACAGAAUGGAUACGAGAAAGAUGCUACUUCAGAUUGAUAUAUAAUCUGCCCGUUUUUGUGCAAUUCAGAAUUUGGAAAGCAUUCACCACUUGGAAGAUAAAUGUCCACCAUCUGAAGGCCCAAAACAGCAGGAUGAUUUUGCUCAAAGAGCUGUUUUUCACUGAUACGCUGUUUCAAGGCACCUUACUGUAUGUGCGUGCACUGUGUGAGACAGCCAGUUCUAGUAAUGGAGGUGAAGGAAAAGGAGACAGUGCCAUUUCUCUUCUAAAGAUGGACACAUCUCGCUCCUAUUUAAUCAAGGAGUUUUGUGAAACACAGUCUCAACAGUGCAAACUUGCUCAGGAGCAACUUGUUUCUCUCAAACAGAAAAUAAUUGACUCCACCCUGGAAUCCUGUUGGAAGGUGGCUGAGAGGGAAGGCAUGCAGAAACUUAUCAAAAUGCUCUCAAUGGAUUCAGGAGAGAAGCUAACACACGUAGAGGUGUCGGACGUUAGGAUCUUCCUGGCUCAAAUUAUCCGAUUCCUGAAACUAGUUGACUAUCUAUUUCAAGAGCUGCUGUAUCGCCUGGUAACCACAGCAGUUCAGUUUCUGUUACACUUCAUAACUCUUUCAGACAGCGUAACCUCAACGGAGGAGAAAAAGAACGAGGAGCUCUUAGGGACCAAAAAGAUUGAAAUCCGUUAUGGCCGAUCUAAACAAUUGGAUUUUGAAGAGGAUGUUGUAGAGUUACAAUCAACGCGCAAGAGUACUCAUCGACCUGAAGUAAAACCUUAUCAGGCACCGUUUGUGGUCACUGAAGAUUAUAUUAACCAGAUAAUCAAACAGGUUCAAGAUCAGCAGAAUAAGAAGAAGUCUCCAGAGGCUAUGUUCAUGGUUCACGUUACCCUCAAAGUUCGCCUUAAAAUGCAGCAGCCAAAAACUUCUGGACAAGUGUCUAAAUGCCAUAAAGCUAAUCCCUACUGCAACCCAGCUGAGAACGAGAAGAAGUUGGCAGAAGAUUCCAGAGGCAGGAAAUGCAUUUUCAUGGAUUAUUCAACGCAACCUGCAAGCGUUGAAAGUAUUGCAGCUGAAAAAGAUGACCUUUAUGACAGCGAGUUUGAAACUGAUGGCGAGGAAAAUGAUGAGAGUAACUAUGAAAAGAAGAGAUUUGUACGCUAUUACUUGGUACCCUCAGAGGACGAGCUUUUGGUACAAGUGCACGAAGUGGUGGAUGGACUGCAAGAUACGAUUGCCUCUUUGUCUGCCUUUCUCCAUGAGCCUCAGUUAUCCUUAUUUAAUACUGAGCCUCCACAUGACCAGGAUCUUACAAUGAAGAAGGAAUUGGAAAGGAAGAACAGAACUAAAAAACUAUGUGCAGACUAUGCCACAUUGUUUAGGCAAGAUCCAGAUUACCAAGAUAACCUUACUAAACUGUGGAAUAUGCUAAGCGCAGCAAUGAAGCGUACCAAAGAGUACAGCAAGAGCUUCAGGAGAUUCUGCUCACUGGUGGAACAUGCCAAUAAGAUGGAUAUUAAGAUUUCCAUGGACCAAGUUGAAUGGACCCCACAAAUUUUCAGGAAUGUGCUAAACGUGUACAAUGAACACAUAAUGGAGAUAAAAAAGAUCAAUGUGGAGAAGCGCUUGGGUAUGAUUAAAGUGAUGGGCCUCCAGUUCCAGAGUGACUGCCUGCCCCACACUGAAGCAGUGGUGAAUAGAAUCAGUGGCCAUCUGACGGUUAUUGCGAACAAGAAGAAUGAAGAGCUUCUGGCAAUCAUUGCUGAAGCUCUAAAGAGGCUCCAAAAGGACCCCAGUGUGGUUGAAGAGUUUGUGGAGCACCUGCUGUUCCUGGGGCGGAUCACAGAGGAGCUGCCCUUACUAGAAAAGGAGUACAGCCUGGUGACGCAGCUCUUUGCCAUUGCAAAGGACUGCGAUAUUGAGAUCGUUCCAGAGGACCUGGCAUUGUACCACACUCUAGUCCCCAGCUUCCAGGACCUGAAGUCCACUGUCCUCUUUUGCGAAGCCAAGAAAGACGGAAAUCUCUUGAAGUUCAAGGAAGACCUGAUACAGCACAUUACUGACCUGUACUUUGAACUGAUGGAGAUUAAACAUAAGGUGAGGAAUCCGAUACUCAUCCAUUCAGACACACCCCGAAAUCAGGCCUUGCAGACCAUCCAAAUUCUCACACAAGAACUCACAACCGUUUCCAACAAGGCCCGAAACUACAGCAAUUACCAGGAAAGCUUCUGCAGCUCCGAUAGCAAGAGGAAGUCACAGAAUUUGUCUGUGUCCAUGGAGGCUAUAAUUCCCUUGCAGAAGUGCGAGGGGAUCAGCACCCAGAAGCUGAACAUCAAGCUCUCGGAGAUCGAGUACGACCUGAUGCUGCGCAAGCUGUUGUGGGAGUCUCAGGACGAGUGGGAGAACCUGUAUAUGAAUUGGACCAGCACCUUCUUCGAUGAAUUGAACGUCGAUAUAAUUCAGAGGGGUGUCCACAGGUUCACACAAACCAUGUACAUGUUGGAGAAAGGAUUGCCAGCGAAUGAUAUAGUGCCUCUGAGAAAGGAAGCGGUAUUAGAUUUUAAACGAGGGCUGCCAGUCAUUGUGGCCUUGAGGAACCCCUACCUGCAGGACCGGCACUGGAUUAUCAUUCAGAAUACCAUUGGGCGAUCGAUCAACAAGGACAAAGGGCUGACGCUAGGCAAUCUCCUGAAGCUCAGGCUCUUCCAACACAGAGAGGAGAUUAUUAACAUAUCAGCUACAGCCACCAACGAGGCCACGCUGAAAAACAUGCUGGAUAAAAUCAUUAACCUGUGGAACUACACCAACUUCAAGCUGGUCACCCAUCAUUCUGAGAACCUCACCAUAUCCAUCAUUGGCUCUGCUGAGGAGAUUUUCACUCAGCUGGAGGAGAGUCAAGUCACCAUCUCCAAUAUUAAGGGAUCACGUUAUGUGGGACCCAUCAAGAAUGAGGUUGAUGAAUGGGAUCGCAAGCUGACUCUUUUGGCCUCCACCCUUGAGGAAUGGAUGACGUGCCAGCGGAACUGGCUUUAUCUCAAGCCCAUCUUCCAGGCCCCCGACAUCCAAAGGCAGCUUCCGACUGAAACCAAAGAGUUUGUGGUGAUUGAUAAAAACUGGAAAGAGCUGAUGAGGAAAACUGCAGAGAAUCCCAACACCCUAAAGGCAGCAACAGCACCAGGAGUACUGGAGCUCCUGCAGGCAACCAACGGACAGCUGGAGAGCAUACAGAAAUGUUUGGAGGAUUAUCUGGAAGCCAAACGGACAGCUUUCCCAAGGUUUUAUUUCCUCACCAGUGAUGAACUGCUGGAUAUCUUGUCUCAGAGCAAAAAUCCAGAUGCUGUCCGGCCUCACUUGCCGAAAUGCUUUGAGAACAUCAGGUCGUUGGACAUUCGCAGGCAGGCCACAAGCCCUCCCAUGGUUGUGACGAUCAAGUCUGCAGAGAACGAGAUACUGCCCAUGCCAAAGAAUGUUCGGGCCCGGGGUCCUGUCGAACAGUGGUUGGGAAAUGUGGAGACUGCCAUGUUCGACACUGUGAAAAAGCAUCUCCUUAUGGGAUACACCACCUGGAACUCAAAAGAUUUCAAGAAAUGGGUAAUGUCUCACCCAGGACAAGUGGUGCUGACUGUGAGUCAGAUAGUGUACAACGAAGACUGUGUGAAAAGCUUUGCCAGUGCUACGCCACACACGGAGCUGAAGGAGGUGUACACGCAGCUUGUGCACAGGCUAGAGGAAUUGGUGGAGCUAGUCUCCAGGAGCCAGCGACCCUGCCAGCAAACAACCCUGGAGACUUUAAUGAUCAUCACUGUACACUGCCGGGAUGUGUUGCGUGACAUGAUCCACAAGAAAGUCUUCAGAGUGGAUGAUUUUGACUGGACAAGGCAGUUGCGUUAUGAAUGGAAUGUGCAUAACAACACUUGUUACGUGGUCCAAGUCAACAGCUCUUUUACCUAUGGCUACGAGUAUCUGGGCUGCACUCCUCGCUUGGUCAUCACGCCACUCACUGACCGCUGCUGGCUGACCCUCAUGGGAGCCGUACACCUGCACCUCGGAGGCUCGCCUGCAGGACCAGCCGGCACUGGCAAAACUGAAACUGUCAAGGACCUUUCCAAAGCCCUGGGAAAGCACUGUGUUGUUUUUAAUUGCUCAGAAGGUAUGGACUAUAAGAUGUUGGGAAAAUUGUUCUCUGGGAUGGCUCAGUCCGGGGCUUGGUGCUGCUUUGACGAAUUCAACCGGAUUGAUGUGGAGGUCCUGUCAGUCACAGCCUCGCAGAUUUACACCAUUAAAGCAGCCAAAGACAGCGGAGUCAUGAGAUUUGUGUUUGAAGGUAGAGAAAUACGUCUCAACAUGUCCUGCAAUAUCUUUGUAACUAUGAACCCAGGGUACGCCGGUCGGGUGGAACUCCCGGACAACCUGAAGUCUCUGUUCCGGCCUGUGGCGAUGGUGGUUCCCGAUUACCAGCUAAUAGCAGAAAUCAUGCUUUUCUCUGAGGGAUUUAACUCAGCCAAAUCUCUGUCAGGCAAGAUCGUCAAUCUGUACCAACUGGCCAUGAAACAGUUAUCUCAACAGGACCAUUAUGACUUUGGAUUGAGAGCCAUCAAGUCCAUUCUUAUGAUGGCCGGGCAGAAGAAGAGAACAACCAAAGCAAACGAUACCAACAAAUCCCUGACUCAGCAGGAGGAAUCGCACAUCUUGAUCAAUGCGCUGAAAGCUGCCAAUCUUCCCAGGUUUGUGGCUGAAGAUGUGCCUUUGUUCGAGAGGAUUCUGGCUGAUUUGUUUCCAGGAGUGACAACCCCCAAAGAGGAAACCUACCUCCUAAAGAAAGCAAUAGCUGAUGUAACCAAUGUCCUGGGCUUGCAGCACUGGCCGAGCCAAGUGGAGAAAAUCCUACAAUUCCACAACCAGCUUCUGGUUCGCCAUGGAGUGAUGUUAGUGGGCCCCACAGGUGGAGGAAAGACAACAGUCAGACAGAUUCUGGAGAAAGCACUCGCCAUUUUGCCAAAUCUUACUUUGGAGGCAAACUCUAAGCUUUCUCUCCAAACUUUCCAUACCAAGAAAGGUAAAAUGGAAUCCUUUACCAUCAACCCUAAGUGUGUCAAUCUUGGGGAGUUGUACGGGCAGAUAAACAUGAGCACCAUGGACUGGUCAGACGGGCUCCUGUCCUCAGUAGCACGAAGAUUUGCGAAGGAACUGAGCAGAGAGAAUGACCCUGAUCGGCUGGGCCAAUUACCUCCUUUAAUAAAGAUUGAUAAGGACACACGUUGGAGUGACCUCCAAUACCCAUUUCAGGAGAAUCAAGAUCUCAACAUGAUAGAUAGCUGGCGCUGGAUAAUCUUGGAUGGCCCCAUAGACACCAGUUGGGUUGAAAAUCUGAACACAGUUUUGGAUGACACAAAGAUUCUAUGCUUGGUGAAUGGUGAACGGAUACGCUUUACCCCCGGUUUAAGGCUCAUCUUCGAGGUGGACAGCCUGGCCUGUGCCAGUCCUGCCACCAUCAGUCGAUGUGCCAUGGUUUACAUGGAGCCUGUGGAUCUUGGCUGGAAACCUUAUGUGAAAACCUGGCUUUCACGUCUCUCAAGUGGAUUGACCAGCAGAGGAAAAAUCUGUCUACAGGAACUUUUUGAAGUCAGUAUGGCACAAGGCCUGGACUUUGUAAACAGCCGGAGAGAGUUACAGCACUUCCCAGUCUCCGAGAUGGGCCUCAUCAUGACUCUGUGUAACAUUUUACAAGCUUUUCUGGACUUCAUGGACAAGAACGGUGGCUUUGGCGAGCAAACUGACUUAAUCGAUGAGGAAGAAAACCUGUUUGAGGGCAUAUUACUGACGCCAGCACAUAAGGAGAAACUUCCUUCUUUUUCCAGUAGUAUUGCAGUAUCUUCAAUGGAGGAGACAAGGUGGUUUAUGCAAAAGGAGCCAAAGCAACUGAACACAUUCCUGAUUAAGCUUUACGUGUUUGCUUUCACCUGGGCCAUAGGCGGAAAUCUGAAACGCGAGGAUGACCACGGAGAAGAAAGUCUGAUUAGCUCAGGGACUGAGGGCAAAGAUGACUAUCUCAUCAAAGUCACAUGGGACUUUGACAGCUUUGCCCGCAGAAUUUUCAGUGGAGAGAAGGGGCUCAAGAUCCGUUUUCCACCUGAGAGCAAGCCUAUCUUCAGCUACUUUGUGGAUAUGCAAUUGGGCAACUUUGUACCCUGGGACAACUUGAUCCCAUCGACUCAAUCACUUAUCUCAAAAGGGAUACACCUAUCUGCCCUGAAUGACCCAAUGAUAGCUGGAAUCACCAAAGCAGAUGACUUAGGCAAGAGUUCGUUCUUUCAGAGAGAGCUGGUGCCAACAAUAGACAGCGUGCGAUAUUCCUUCUUGACAAGUCUGAUGUUGCUGAGCCAUUGUCCAGUACUGCUAACAGGUGAAUCUGGGAUUGGGAAGUCUACUAUCAUUCAAAAUAUGCUCUCCGAACUCCGCAAGGAACAUGGAACGACGAUCCGACCCAAGACUAUCUUGGGCAAUGUCUUCCUUCACAAUGAAACAAAGCCUGCAAGCUUUCUGCAGAACAUCAGCUACCUGACCACUGGGUUCCUGGAUAAGGAUAAAGAUACAACCUGCAUUGAUGGAGAUUGCCGACAACAGAACAGUGAGCUGAGUGCGAGAAAUCCUGUUCAUGUCUUGCUAGAAAAGAUGGACUUAGUGAUCGCCAAGGUACAGUUCAACACGCAGACCACUACCGCCCGAACACAAGCCCAGAUCCUUAACAAUCUUGUGAAGAAAGGCCAAGAUGUGCUCCGUCCUCCAAAACAAAGGAAGAUGAUCGUGUUUGUUGAUGACUUGAACAUGCCGACGCCAGGGCCGUACGGAGAUCAGCCACCCCUCGAGCUGAUCCGUCAGUUCCUGGAGCUUGGAGGCUUCUUCGACACUAAAAAGCUGCUGUGGAAGCAUGUGGAAAAUGUAACCAUGGUUGCAGCUUGUGCGCCCCCCGGUGGCGGAAGGAAUGAAAUCAGCCCACGGCUUCUUAAACACUUCUGCAUGUUUGCCCUGCCUCAACCUGCUACCAGCUCGCUACAGCAUAUCUUCCAGGUACAAGUUGGCUGUUACCUGGAGAGCCGUGAAUUCAUGCGUGACGUGCAACGCUGCAGGAAAUCACUGGUGUCGGCCUCUAUCGCCCUUUACUACAAGAUGUGCCACUACAUGCUGCCCACUCCGGUGAAGCCCCACUAUACCUUCAACCUCCGCGAUCUGGCCAAGGUAAUUCAGGGUUUGCUGCAAGCCAACGAGUCUGUCAUCGUCUCCAAAGUCAAAGUGAUUGAACUGUUUGUGCAUGAAGCAGCCAGGUGCUUCCACGACCGGCUUGUUGACGUCCCAGAUAGAUACAUGUUCUAUCAGUUCCUCUCAGAUGAGCUGCACAACUACUUUAAGGUGAGCUGGACCCCUGAGAAGUUGAUAUCCGAAGCCUUCCUCUUUGGCGACUUUCUGGACAUGCACACCGACAGGAAAAACCGCAUCUACGAUAGGAUCUCGGACAUGAAGAUGUUGGCCACGGUACUGGAGGAAUACUACAUCCGCUCCCAACCAGCCACCACCACGACCUCUUUACUGAUGUUCUUCAAAGAAGCAAUCGAGCACAUCACAAGAGCAGCCAGAGUGUUAAGACUGCCUGGAGGACACAUGAUGCUGGCUGGUGUGGAUAGCACGGGGAAGAUAACCUCCUGCUCACUGGGCAGCCAGAUCGCUGGCUGUGAGCUCUUCAGACUUGCUGUGGACCAGCACUACAGUCACUUUGACUUCAGGGAGGAUCUGAAGAAAGUCUUCAAAAAGACAGGCCUCCAAGGACAGAGCACCGUCCUCCUCUUGUCCGAUGCCGAUCUAGUCAAGGACAUGAUUCUCGAGGACGUGAACUGUAUCCUGAACUCGGGGGAGGUUCCGGACCUGUUUGACACUGAGGAGUUAAACAGCAUCAUCACACAUCUGAAGAACUCUGCCAUCGAAGCCAAUAUAUCGGACCAACGGGAAGCUGUGUUUGCCUUUUUCCUGCAGCGUGUAUCCGUCAAGCUCCAUGUGGUGCUAGCGACCAGCCCCGUGGGCACGCUCUUCCGCCAGAGGUGCCGUAUGAACCCGUCGCUAAUCAACUGCUGCACCAUAGAUUGGUAUGACAUGUGGUCCAGGGAAGCCCUGCUCAGCGUGGCCAACAACCUCUUCACCAACGUGGACUUUGGAUAUGCCAACAAGAAUCUGAAGCAGACAGUCACCCACAUGUGCGUGGAUAUGCACAACAGUGUGACGCUGGCCGCUAGUCACUUCUGGGAGGAAAUGAGACGAUACUAUUACAUCACACCCAGUAACUACCUGGAGUUCAUUCACAACUUCACCAAGAUGUUAACAAUCAAGAGAAAGAUAUUCUAAACAACAGAUCGCUUCAAAAACGGGUUGAAAAAGCUUUCAGAGGCGUCCUCGCUGAUCGGAGUCAUGCAGGAGGAGCUCGUGGCAUUGGGCCCACAGAUAGAAGAGAAAUCCAAGGAGGUUGAGCAGCUGAUGGAAAAGCUGCAAAGGGACGCGGAGGCCGUGGAGGAAAUACGAGCUAUUGUGAAAGUGGACGAGGCAUUCAUGGCUGAAGAGACACAGAUUGUGCAGGAUUAUGCUGAGCAAGCCACCCAAGAGCUGAAUGAAGUGCUGCCGGUUCUGGAACAGGCCAUAUUGGCCCUGGGGGCCCUGGACAAAGGGGACAUCUCCGAAAUCAGAGUAUACACCAGCCCCCCUACUCUGGUUCUAACCGUGAUGUACGCCGUCUGUAUCCUGCUACAGAAGAGCCCAACCUGGACGACAGCGAAACUCCUGCUCGGUGACCCCAGCUUUCUCAAACAGCUGGUGAACCUGGAUAAAGACAACAUACCAGAGAAGGUCUUCCAGAGUUUGAAAAUUUAUUCAAAACGUUCAAACUUUAACCCUGACAGGGUCGGAGCAGUGUCCACCGCCUGCCGCUCACUCUGUCAGUGGGUACUCGCACUAGAGAACUAUAACACGGUCAAAAAGGCCGUUCAACCCAAACAACAGCGAGUGGCAGAAGCCAAGGAAGCGCUGGGCAUUGCUCGCGAAAAGCUGAAGACGAAGCAAAGAAGCCUUAACCUGAUUGAGGAUCACCAGCAAUCGCUGCAGGAUCUGUACAACAAAACCGUGAGCCAGAAAGAAAGUCUAGCCAAUCGCAAAUACCUAGCUACUAAUCGGCUGAUACGGGCCUCUCUCUUGAUCUCUGCUCUUGGUGAAGAAAAGGUGCGUUGGAAGCAGUUUAUCCACGAGUUGGACAAGUGUAUAAAGGGGAUCGUGGGUGACACGCUGCUCUCAGCUGCCAGCAUCACCUACUAUGGAGUGUUCACGGCUCAAUACCGGAGGAGGAUAAUGGAGGAGUGGCUCAGACUGUGCACCUCUUCUGAUGUCCCUAUCUCACCCGACUACACACUGGUCAAAGACACAGUCGAGAAGAAUCAAGUUCGCAAGUGGCAGAACAAGGGGCUUCCUCCGGACCACUACUCGAUGGAGAAUGCCAUUUUGGUGAUGAAGGGGCGUUGCUGGCCCCUGAUGAUUGACCCCCAGGGGCAGGCGUGUAAGUGGAUCUCGCAGAUGGAAGGCAAGCAGCUGAGCGUAAUUGCUGCCAAGCACCCCAAGUGUAUGAAGACCUUAGAGACCGCCAUCCGCAUGGGCCAGCCGGCUCUGCUCACGGAGAUGACGGAAGAGCUGGACCCCAGCCUGAGGCCAAUUCUGCUGAAGGUCAUUUCCACUCGAGCCGGCCAGGACUACAUCAAAAUCGGGGAGACGGAGGUAGAAUACAAUCGCAACUUCAGGUUGUACAUGACCACACAAGCACCCAACCCUCAAUACCUCCCAUCUGUGUCUAUCCUGGUGACUCUGAUCAAUUUCACGGUGACCUUUGAGGGUUUGCAGGACCAGCUGCUGAGCAGAGUGGUCAAGCAACAGCACCCACAGGUGGAAGAGCAGAUGGGGCAGCUUCUGGAAAGCAUCACCUCGGACAAGAGCGCACUACGCGAUCUGGAGAACAAGUCUCUCUCACUCUUACAGAAGGCAGAGGGUCACAUCUUGGAUGACCAGGUCCUGAUUGAUACCCUUCAGCAGUCAAAGGUAAUGUCAAAGGAGAUUCAGCAGCGGAUUGAAGCCUCGGAGGUUAAUGAGAAGAAGAUCACGGCUGCUCGGAAAAAGUAUCUGCCCAUGGCAACCCGCGGGGCUGUGCUGUAUUUUGUUGUGGCUGAGCUGGCCCAGCUGGACUACAUGUACCAGUUUUCCUUGGAUUGGUUUAUGAAGUUAUUCACAGAAUCCAUCAGUGAGAUUUACAAGCCACACUUGAAGAAACCGCUUUCUGAACUGACCCAGCAACAAAUUGCAGCCAAGCGAGGAGGUUUCAGCAGCAUGUCCAGGUACCUGGCCGAGCCCACCACUGAGAAAAUGAUGAUCUCCUUCAGCUUCAGCGAGCAGCUCUACAAAAUGAUCACAAUCCUGACUGAAAAUGUUUACAAGGUGGUCUGGUAUUCGAUAUUCACCCAUCACCAGCUCUACUUCUCCUUCAUGCUGUGCAGCAGCAUCAUGCGAGCCGGCAAGAGUGGGGAAAACCUGGGGGAGCUCCCCGAGAAUGAGUGGCAGAGCUUCCUGCAUUGUAACGUUCUGGCCGAGAUGUCAGAGUCCUCAUCAAAAUCUGCGACUAAUGUUCCUGAAGAAGCACUAGAAAUGGAUCAGGAUGUCUGGACUGGUCAAGGCUAUCGUAGCCAGUGGAUGACGGACUCGAUGUGGAAACAGUGUCAGUACAUCAGCAGGAAGCUGGAGCCAUUCAGAAUACUUUGUUAUUCACUACAAGAACACCCAGAGCAGUGGGAGUGCUUCCUGCAGGCAGAGAAUAGCUACGAUCUAUUAAAGAAUCUUUUCUAUCGGAAGACCUCAAAGCAAGGCUCUCUCCAAUCCAGUGAAUUGGAACUCUCCAAAAUAACAAUAGAUGUCAACCCAAACCUGGAAACUCUCUUCCCUUGGCAGAAUCUUACAUCUUUCCAACGACUGAUAUUAAUAAGGAUCAUCAAACCUGAUGGUCUGACUGCUGCUGUCAGGGAGUUCGUGACUGAGAACCUGGGGCCUGAGUUCCUGCCGAGCUUUGUGUUGAACAUCCGAGAUGUGUUUGAACAGAUGAGUGCCAGUACUCCAAUGAUCUUCCUCCUAUCAUCUGGAGGAGACACGGUCACGCAGCUGAUGCGCUUUGCGAAGGAAGCACGAGGCAGCACUCAGCACUUGGACAUCAUCUCACUAGGACAGGGCCAAGGACCAAAGGCGGAAGAUCUGAUCCACAAAGCCCUGGUGCUGAGGGGACGUUGGGUGUUCCUGGAAAACUGCCACCUGGCAGCAUCCUUCAUGCCACGACUGCAGAGCAUUGUGGAAUCAUUCAAAAAAACUGGAGCAAACAUUGAUCCUCAGUUCAGACUGUUUCUCAGCUCAAAACCAAAUCCCCAAGUUCCCAUUUCCAUUCUUCAGAGAGCGAUAAAGAUUGCUGUGGAGUUGCCGCAGGGAAUCCGGGGUAAGCUCCUGACCACCUUCGGAAGCAGUGGCUCUCGAGAAGUACUGGACAAGAUGUACAAAAAGGAAAAUGCUGGCCCCUAUUGGCGCAGGCUGCUCUUCUCUCUCUGCUUCUUCAACGCAGUCGCCCAGGAGAGAAAGAAGUACGGAGCUUUGGGCUGGAACAUCCCUUACGAGUUCAAGUCUUCGGAUUUGGAGGUCUCCAUUCUGACACUGGAGAUUCUCAUGGAGGGGCAGGAGCAGAUACCCUGGCAGGCGCUUCGCUACCUGACGGGGGAGGUGGUGUACGGGGGCCGGGUCACAGACAGCUGGGAUCGUCGCUGUCUCAACUGCAUCCUCCAGAUGUUCUACACGCCCGAGAUCCUGCAGGAAGGUCACCGAUUCUCAGCUGACGGGAUUUAUCACAUUAUCUCGGAGAACAUGGACCAGGUGCAGUGUGUGAACUAUAUUGAAUCCCUUCCUGAGUAUGACUUGCCAGAUAUCUUUGGCAUGCAUCCUGAUGCUGAGAAAACGUUCCUGGAAAGUCAGAGCCAGUUAUUCAUGGAGACCGUUGUCAGCAUUCAGCCCCGGCUCAGCAUUAGUGGCCAGCUCACCCGGUCAGUACUAACCUCUGGGGGGAAGAGUUCGCACGAGAUCGUGCUGGAGGUCGCGCUGGACAUUCUUAAGCGCGUGCCGAGGAAUGUGGGAGACGAAAAACUUCCCGAGGGAAUUGAGCGGGUGAAGGCCCCCAAAAUAACCCUGGCUGAACUGCUGACAUUGCCCUUGUGGAUAGGCUAUGUUCAGUCUAUCAACGGCUUUGACAGCUUAGCAAACUCUGCACUGCUCACGGUAUUGCGGCAGGAGAUUGAUCGCUUCAACCAUCUCCUGGAAGUCAUCCUCAAGUCAAUUCGCUCCCUAUGCUUCGCAGUAAAAGGCCAGAGCAUCCUCACCGUCUCACUGGAGGAGGUCUACAACUCCUGCCUGAAUAUGAAGGUGCCCAAGCUAUGGAAGCUUUGCUCCUAUGAAUCCUGCAAGCCGCUGGGCUCAUGGAUUGAUGAUCUGAUUCAACGAGUAAAUUUCUUCAGCACUUGGUCAGACAACUUAAUCAGAGUGGCUCAGCAAAAGCUCAGAAUCAUUGCCAAAGAACAGGGAAAGAGACUGGAACAGAUUAUGCAGCCAAUCUCAGAACAGCCCGGAAAGACAUAUCAAGCGCAGCCGUGUGCUUUUUGGCUAUCAGGCUUCUUUUUCCCACAGGGCUUCCUGACGGCAGUGUUACAAAACCACGCAAGGCAGCAUGGCAUUCCUGUGGACACACUGACGUUCACCUACUACGUACAGCAGCCAAGCCGGGAUGACUCACUGGUCGAUGUGACCCGCAAGGCCAGCGCCUGCGACUCUGCCUUCAGCCAAGAUGAAUCGAACUUCGGAGAUGGCGUCCUUGUGUUUGGCUUGUACUUGGAUGGAGCUCACUGGAAUGCCGUGGGUCAAAGCAUAGAAGAAUCCAAGCCGGGGAAGAGGUACUGCAAGAUGCCAAGCAUCCACUUUCUCCCAGUUAAGAUUGAGAAGAACAAAAAGGUGGAUGAGUUGGAAGAGGAGGUGCAAGAAGCAUAUGAGUGCCCUGUGUACAGAACCUCCCAGCGAGCUGGAAUCCUCUCCGCCACAGGCCUAUCCACUAAUUUUGUAACCAGUGUCAUCCUGCCCUCACAACACCCCUUCAGCCACUGGGUCACCCGAGGGGUCGCCCUUCUGUGCCAGCUGGACGACUGAGGCUGGAAUAAAACAGGAAUAGGAGGAAUAGGAAUUCAGCCUUGAAGCCUAUUUCCGCAGUUAUUAGAUCAUAGAAAAAUAUUUUAAUUCCGUUUCCCUAUCGUUUCCCUAUCUUUUCCCUAUAUCCCUUCUUAGAUAUCUAUCCAUCUCCCAUUCAAACAUCCUAAUUGAUUCUACCUGCAGUGAGCCAGUGUGAAGGAAUGUUUUCUGAUCGCAUUUCUAGCCAUCCUAGCUCUAAUUUUAAGACUGAUUCCUUGUUUUAGAUCCCCCUCCCGCACCCGACUCCCAGAGGGAAGAGUAAUCCACUAAUUACACGUUCUUGUUUGUAAAGCUAACUUUCACCCCUUCCUCCCCUCUUCCCCACCCCAGUUUAGUCACUCGAAACAUAGUUACACUGGAAGCCGACAGUUAUUUUCCAACGAACCAAACCUAGAACAUUCAGCCUU